AUGAAUAAAAAUUUACUUUCCAAUUUUAUUGCCAUAAGAAAUGCCUUUUUCUCUGAAGUCAGCAUUGGGAUCACAGCCAACGCCUUCCUUCUUCUCUUCCACGUCCUCUGGUUCUUUCUCAAGCACAGGCCCAGGCCCACUGACCUGGCCAUUGGACACCUGGCCCUCAUCCACCUGCUGAUGCUGAUCACUGUGGGGUUUAUAGCUGCAGACGUUUUUGAGUCUCGGGAGUUAUGGGACGACAUCACAUGUAAAGCUGUCAUCUACUCAUACCAGGUGACACGGAGCCUCUCCCUGUGUAACACCUGCCUGCUGAGCGUCCUCCAGGCCAUCACCCUCAGCCCCAGGAGCUCCUGGUUGGCCAAGUUCAAGCACACAUCCUCACACCACAACAUAUGUGGGUUUCUCUUCCUAUGGGUCUUCAAUUUGUCCAUUGGUGCUCGUUUCUUAAUUUCCACUGUUGCCGCCAAAAAUCGUACGUCCUACAGUCUUCUGUUUGUCACUAAAUCCUGCUCUCUUUGGACUCUGAGCUAUUUACUCAGGCACACGUUUUAUGUGUUUUGGAUCUUCAGGGAUGUCUCCCUUAUUGGGCUCAUGGCCGUCUCAAGUGGGUACAUGGUGACUCUCCUGUGCAGGCACAAGAGGCGGUCCCAGCACCUCCACAGCACCAGCCUCUCUCCAAGAGCCUCCCCAGAGCAGAGGGCCACCCAGACCAUCCUGCUGCUCAUGAGCAUCUUUGUGCUCCUGUACUUGAUCGACUGCAUUGAGUACUCAUUCUCAUGGAUGUGGUGGAAGAGUGACCCAGUUCACUUUUGUGUCCAGAUGUUGGUGGGCAAUGGCUAUGCCACCAUUGGUCCAAUGUUGCUCAUAAGUAGUGAAAAACGAAUGAUCAUGUUUUUCAAAUCCAUGUGGGAGAAGAAAAGUGUUUACUUGUUCAGGAAUAGAUAG